CUGAGAGUGGAUAGAUAGAAGCCUCUUCCUGACUGUCUUUCUGUUUCGAAAAAUCUAAAACAAAUUACAGAUCUAGAAAGUACAUGUCAAAGAAAGCAUGGAUCGCGUUCUGAAAGCUGCAAGAAGCUCCGGUUCUCUUAACCUCUCCAACCGCUCUCUCAGGGAAGUACCUGAUGAGGUCUACAAAAUUUUGGACGCCGUUGGUGAAGGUGAAAAAUGGUGGGAGAAUGUGGAGCUACAAAAGCUGAUUUUGGCUCAUAAUAAUAUUGAGUCAAUAAAGGAAGACCUUAAGAAUUUAUCUCAACUAACUGUGUUGAAUGUUAGCCAUAACAAGCUCUCUGAGCUUCCAGCUGCAAUAGGAGAGCUCCCUAUGCUUAAGUUAUUAGAUGUUUCUUCUAACUUGAUUCAGAAAUUACCUGACGAAUUCGGAUCAGCAACUUCUCUUGUCAAGUUUGAUUGUUCAAGCAAUCAGCUGAGGGAGCUUCCGAGCUCACUAGGAGGAUGUUUGGCUCUAUCUGACUUGAAGGCAUCAAACAACUGUAUCACCAGCUUGCCUGAAGAUCUAGCAAGGUGUUCAAAACUGACAAAAGUAGAUGUGGAGGGAAAUAGGUUGGAGGUGUUAUCUGGGAAUUUGAUGGCAUCGUGGACCGUGCUUACCGAAUUUAAUGCAUCAAAAAACAUGCUGAGUGAUAUACCAGAUAACUUUGGAAGCCUUUCACGACUCAUCCGCCUUGACCUUCAUCAGAACAGAAUCUCAACAAUCCCUCCCUCAAUAAUGGGUUGUUGUUCCCUUGCAGAAUUCUAUAUGGGGAACAACGCGCUGUCAACCUUACCUGUAGAAAUAGGGGCACUUUCUCAAUUAGGGACACUGGAUCUCCAUUCAAACCAGUUGAAGGAGAUUCCUGUGGAGGCAUGUAAAUUACAGCUUUCAAUGCUGGAUCUUUCAAAUAAUUCUUUGACUGGAUUGCCCCCUGAACUUGGUAAGAUGACAACUCUAAGGAAACUCCUGUUAAAUGGCAAUCCAUUGCGAACUCUUCGAAGCUCAUUGGUUUCUGGACCCACAACCACUUUAUUGAAUUAUCUUCGAAGUAGACUCUCUGAAGGAGAAGAUUCUAAAGCAACUACUCCAGCGAAGAAGGAUUUAAUUUCCAUGACAGCUAGAUUGUCUGUCAGUUCAAAGGAACUCUCUCUACAAGAGCUGGGUUUGAGUGCUGUCCCAUCAGAAGUAUGGGAAUCAAAUGAAAUUGUAAAGGUUGAUCUAUCCAGGAAUUCUAUUCAAGAGCUGCCAGUUGAACUCUCCUUGUGUGUUUCCCUUCAGUGUUUGAUUUUAACCAGAAACAAGAUUAGUGACUGGCCAUGUGCAAUUUUGAAAUCACUUCCCAAUCUUAUAUGUUUGAAGCUGGACAACAAUGCACUUACACAGAUUCCAUCAGAUGGAUUUCAAGCAGUCCCUAUGCUUCAGAUUCUGGAUCUCAGUGGCAAUCCAGCUUCACUGCUCGGUCAUCCAGCAUUUUCCAGCUUGCCUCAUUUGAAAGAGCUUUACCUCAGACAAGUUCAAUUACGUGAAAUCCCAUCAGAUAUAAUGAGCUUACAGCAACUGCAAAUCUUGAAUUUGAGCCAAAACUCACUUCACUCAAUUCCAGAGGGGUUCAAAAAUCUCACCUCUCUAACUGAGCUUGACCUGUCUGACAAUAAUAUUUCAGCACUUCCUCCAGAGCUGGGUUUGCUUGAGCCGAGCCUCCAAGCCUUAAGACUUGAUGGAAAUCCAUUGAGAAGCAUCCGGAGAACAAUUUUGGAUAGGGGAACUAAAGCGGUUCUGAAAUAUUUGAUGGACAAAAUACCAGAGCACUAGCUUGUUCAUCUUUCCAUCAUCUCUUUCAGCUCCAAAUUACCUUACUCGCCUCUGUAUUUUUCUGUUCAGAAUCUUCAUGCCACUUCCAAGUUUUUUCUUUUUGUCUUUUGCGAAGUUGAUGAUUUGAAAGGCUUGAUUUCCCAACUCGGGGCUGUAUUGUUUGGUUUAUAAAACUAAUUCUACACAAGCUUGAUUUGGAUCAUGAUUCUAAUUGGUUCUGGUUGAAUUACAUAGAACAUGUUUUGAUUUUUUA